CACUUUACCGCAGUCUGACCGAGUAUCUCCGUUUACUAAAUCUCCCGUGACGCAAAUUAAUGUGGCGGCAGCGGCGCCGCAGAGUCAGUCAGCUCAGCCGGUGAGCGGGUGACGGGAAAUGAGACAAGUUGCAAGCAUCGAACGCAGGAGCAGCGUCUCUACUUCCUCCCCCACGUGACGUCAGCGGCCCCGCCCCAGCUCCUCCUCCUCGUGGCGAGCGCGCGCAGGGCGGGGGAGUGCGGCGGCUCGCGCGGUCGUUGUGGUGUCGCAGCCGGUAACGGGGAGAGCGAGACAGAGACAGCCGCCAUGGCGGAGAGCGCCGGCCUGGAUAAUCACCGCAUCAAGAGCUUCAAGAACAAGGGCAGAGAUGUAGAGACUAUGAGAAGACACAGAAAUGAAUUAACGAUUGAGCUGCGAAAGAACAAAAGAGAUGAACACCUGUUGAAAAAGAGAAACGUUCCACAAGAAGAAAGUCUAGAGGACUCGGAUGUUGAUGGAGAUUUCAAAUCACAAAAUGUAACACUAGAAGCAAUACUACAGAAUGCCACCAGUGAUAAUCCAACAACUCAACUAAGUGCUGUGCAGGCAGCAAGAAAGUUGCUAUCCAGCGACAGGAAUCCACCCAUCGAUGACCUCAUAAAGUCUGGAAUCCUGCCUAUAUUGGUGAAUUGUUUAGAGGCAGAUGAUAACCCUUCUUUACAGUUUGAGGCGGCCUGGGCAUUAACCAAUAUAGCAUCAGGGACGUCUGCACAAACCGAAGCAGUGGUGCAGUCCAAUGCCGUUCCACUGUUCCUCAGGCUGCUCCAUUCCGUGCAUCAAAAUGUCUGUGAACAAGCAGUCUGGGCACUUGGAAAUAUCAUUGGUGAUGGACCUCAGUGUAGAGAUUAUGUCAUCUCACUUGGAGUUGUCAAACCGCUCUUGUCCUUCAUCAAUCCUUCCAUCCCCAUCACCUUCCUUCGGAACGUCACAUGGGUCAUUGUCAAUCUGUGUAGGAAUAAGGACCCUCCACCGCCCAUGGAGACUGUGCAGGAGAUCUUGCCUGCUCUGUGUGUCCUAAUAUAUCAUACAGAUAUUAAUAUUUUAGUGGAUACAGUAUGGGCUCUGUCUUACUUAACUGAUGGUGGCAAUGAACAAAUACAGAUGGUUAUAGAUUCUGGAGUUGUGCCGUUUUUAGUACCGCUUCUGAGUCACCAGGAAGUAAAAGUUCAGACAGCGGCAUUAAGAGCUGUGGGCAACAUAGUGACUGGCACUGAUGAGCAGACUCAGGUGGUGCUAAACUGUGAUGUUCUCGCUCAUUUUCAAAACCUACUGACGCACCCUAAGGAGAAAAUAAACAAGGAAGCAGUUUGGUUCUUAUCCAAUAUCACAGCUGGGAAUCAGCAACAGGUUCAAGCUGUUAUUGAUGCUGGACUAAUUCCCAUGAUCAUACAUCAGCUGGCCAAGGGGGACUUUGGAACCCAAAAAGAAGCUGCAUGGGCGAUCAGCAACUUGACAAUAAGUGGACGUAAAGACCAGGUGGAAUAUCUUGUACAGCAGAAUGUCAUCCCACCCUUUUGCAAUUUAUUGGCUGUGAAAGACUCACAAGUUGUCCAGGUGGUCUUGGAUGGCUUGAAAAACAUUUUGAUAAUGGCAGGGGAAGAAGCGAGCACAAUUGCAGAGAUCAUAGAGGAGUGUGGAGGUUUGGAAAAAAUAGAAGCGCUGCAGCAGCAUGAGAAUGAAGAAAUUUACAAACUAGCAUUUGAAAUCAUAGAUCAGUAUUUCUCUGGUGACGAUAUUGAUGAAGAUCAAAGCCUCAUUCCUGGAGCCACCCAGGAAGGUACCUACAACUUUGAGCCGUCAACCAACCUUCAGACAAAAGAAUUUAACUUCUAAGUAUGUUGCAGUGCAGCUUUUUUUCUGUCCAAAAACAUAUAGCACCACCAGACUUCCACCAGUUGAAGAAAUCCCUGAAAGAUUACAAGAUACACGCCUCUUCUUAUUGAUGCUUCUAAAGCGAAUCAUGUAUCUGUCACUUGCAGUUGCCAAACGUCACCUUCACACGGACUGUAAUUGCAUAUGCAUGAGCUUGGUUUUCGUUGAAAUUCUAACAGUCCCAGCUGUAUUUUUUACCUUUUCCAUUUGGCACUGUGUGCUGACUGCCACAACAUUCAACCCUUUUGUUUUUGUUAUUUUCUUUUUGUUUUUUUCAAUAAUUACAUAGUGAUGGCAUAUCAGCUUUUUGUGGAAAAGUAGCUUUUUUUUCUUCUUCUUCUUUGAACCUGGUGCACUGUACAUGAAGACUUUGCGAUAAUGCAUACUUUGUGGAAGACUCUGCAAGAGUACGGUCUAAUAUCGAUCCUUCAUCUUCCUCCAUAGACAUUUUCAUAUUUUGAGGAAUUAUAAAUUUAUUGGGAAAAACAAACAAACCAUGCAAGCCAAAAGAUUUCAUUCACGAAACUGAAUAAAAAAAAAUUAACUUGGGUGAAUUAUUGACAAAAAAAAAUCUGUUUAAGAGAAAACUGUAAUCAUGUCUCUUAUUUAGUAUUUCCCAAACCGCCUCCCAAGUCAGGAUUGGGAAAUGGAACUGAUUGAAAAGCAAAACGCUUUGCUGUUUCAUUGGACAUCGCGCCCUGUCCGAACCACUCCAACUAUUGUUUUUUUCCUGCUGUUCUUGAAGUAACCAAAAGCUGUGCAUGGAGUUUCCUCUGAGCUUUAGAACCCGUCGCAUAUACACAUGGUCUCAAGCUGAAAGCAAGUGUCCCUGAAAUCUAGGUUAAUACAGAGAUUGCGACAUACAAGAUCUCCUAAAUAGCAUGGGAGGGGAACCGAAACCUUGCUUUCAUCUGUCAGUAGACAUCGGUAUGUCAUGUUUUGCUUAGGUGGCUAUAGGUGAUUGAUUUUUUUUUUUUUUAAUUAUUAUUAUUUUUAUAAUUGGGGUCAAACUUGUGGAGCUUUUCAUGUUUACUGUAAAUCGUCAAUUUCUACUUUGUGAAAAGUGCUUUUGAGAGUGUGGUUGGCAGCAAAACAAGAACUAUCCAUGCAAGAGCUUGUAAGCUGUAGCCUUCUGCCGUGUAUGGGCAGUCAGACCUUGCUGGGUAUUGUAGUUCAGCAGUUGGCCAAGCCUGUUCUAUAGACACCCUAAAUGCUGUAAGCUGAUUACGGCAGGUGUCUAACAAAUUGUUCCACGGGUAACCCAUAGCAACCAGACAUUGACCUUUUUUUUAUUUUCUAAUACAGUAUAAAAUCUGAUAAGAGCUACAGUAUAUAGGCGACACUUUCUUUUUUGUGUGUGUUCUACUUCGUUACCUAUUUGAACAGUUUUCCUAUGUGUCCACCAUAAAUUGGUUAAAAAAGAAAUAAUAUAGGGCUAAUUUAAUCAUAUGUAUACCUGGAUCAAGGGGGCAGCGUUGCACCUCUGGCUAUUAGCCAGUAAUGUUCUAGGCUUCUCUGAGGUACUGGCAUAAUACUGUUCUUUGGGCUGUACAGUGCUCUUUAAAUAACCUCAUAUUAUGACAGGCUUAAGAAGCUAAGAUUAUUUAAUUUGUUAAACCGGAUUCAUGCCAAUGGUAAUGUUCCGAAUCUGGUCAGACCAUGAUAUGGUGUUAUAUAUUUGAAUGGCUUUGUUGCUUUCAGAAACUCAGAAUUCCCGAUAUGCAUAUACUAUAUAUAUUUUUUUGUUUUGUUUUUUUUUUUGUUUUUUGUUUUUUUUUUUUUGGUGGGAGCUACAAUUACCUGAGUGAAUAGAAACAUUUUGUAACAGCAACACUAGGACGCAGUUUAUUGCGUGUGACGUUUCUGAUGCUUUGAUGUGAAGGGAUAGUUUAAAUUAAAACUACUUUUUUUAAUUAGCAGACUUGGGUUGUGUUUACUGUGAUAACGAGAAGAAAUGCCAUCCAAAAUUGUGGAUCAGCUUUCCUUUAAAUCCUUUCACUUCUGAACAACACAGCAGGUGUGCAUUCAUUACAAUAUAUAUAUAUAUAUCUGCCAAGGUGGAGCCACUUUAAAGAGGGGGGUGGGGUUUGUCUUGUAUCCCAAGAUGGAUACAAGCGUAUGUUUAAACUGCAAGAUUUUUACUUGCUAGAGAAUCUGUUUUAAUAUAGCGGUCUGGCCUCUGAUUAUUUAUAGGUUUUAUAAAUUUUAGAUUCACUUUCUCUUUAAGGUGGCUCAAAACUUUUUUCAACUCUUGUGCACAUAAAAAAUUGAGUUGAAGUUCAUUGUGCCUUUUUUUCUUUCCUCCCCCAUCCUGAGAAUUUUAGAGCUGGCUUUUUAACAUAGCUGCAUCCCAUUCACACAAUAGUGUAAAAUGUGUGGUGUGUUACUUAAGGUAGACAGUUUAUAGCAGAACUUGAUACGGUCACAUAAUAAGAAGAAAUCUCAGUGCUAUUUUUGUAUUGUUACAUUUGUUUUUUCUUCGUUAUAUAUUUUUUUCCCCACUUUCUAAUUUGUACAAAGGUGAUAUAUAUAAGCGACAUUUGUCCUCUGUUCUGCCUAGGGAGAAGUUUCUGCGUAAUAAAAACUUCAUUGGCAUAUAUUUCUUACUAUUUAUUUUCUUUCCUCUUUGAGCUUAUAGAAACUUUAAAAUGUACAUGACUACUUUAAGGUGUACCUGUAGCUGCCAUUGUGUGAGCUGUCCAGUGUUCAUCUGGUAGGAACCUUCGUGCAGUGAGACUCUAUGGGAUACCGGUGAGGGACAUCGCUUGUUUUUGUGCGCAAGCAAACAUAUGCGCUGUUUUACCUACCGCCAUACCUGGAAGUGUGCAAGGCUACAAAGGGAGCUUGCUGCUAAUCGCAUCUGCCCCUACAUGUUAUGUAAGCCCACAAAAUGGCUGCCUUCAUGGAGUAGGCCAGUGUUACACUUUAAAGCCUUAGAAGUGUUUUUAGGUAGCUUUCCUCCCUUGUGACCUUAUUAAGUUUUGGUAGGGAUUGCAUUAUCUGAUAGUUACAAAAACAAAGAAUAUUGCUGCACUUUUUCUUUUUCAGAACAGUGUUUGAAAAAUGCAUAAUUUCUUUUUCAUUUUUUUUUUUUUUAAUUAACUUGUUAAAUAGACUAAAAUGUUAUUUCAAAAGAGGCAUCAAAAUGUGUUCCUAAUUUUGUAUAUGGGCUUAGGUUUUGUAACCAAUAAAAAGCUGCUAUCAAAUACUAUAUACUA